AUGGGCGACAAUGGCGCUGAGAAGAAGCCAAGAGAUCGGAGCAAAAGCUCAGAGAGCGGCACUCCAGAUUGGUUGCGCGAGCGGCGCAAGAAAGCAGCCCGCGGAGAAUUGAGAGAGGACCGAGGAGCGAUGGGAGGAGGUGGCAAGGGAGAUUUUGGCGACAAGGGCGGCAAAGGUGGCGGUAAAGAGCCAAGGCCUGGCGAUUGGAAAUGUCCAUCAUGUGGAGCAAACAACUUCGCCAGGAGGACGGAGUGCUUCAAGUGCGGUACACGCAAGCCUGCGGAAGGCGGUGGAGGCCGUCGAGAUUCCCGGUCCAGAUCACGACGCCGACGCUGA